AUGAAAAAACCUGUUCCCGUAUGCGAAUCGAGAUUGGUGAGGAACUAUUCGAUAAUUAAACUACCUGUGGAGAACAUCAACGCUGUUGAUUGGAAGCCUAUCACUGACAAAAUUGUUAAUCUGCCAUGCAUUAGCGUUGGUUAUGGAGAAAAUGAUAGAGGAAUGGACUCAUUUCUUCGUAUUUUGCGUCAUUUAAAAUUACAAGAAGGUGGAUCAUAUAUUGUAGCACCGCUACAAUCAAAACAUCAUCUAGGCCGUAUUUGUGACGGUGAUUCUGGCGGCCCACUCGUGUGUACUCGCAAUGGAACAGAUAACCGACUUUUUGGAAUCAAUGAUUUUUCGUUACCAAAUCCUUUCACUGUACAGUUGGAACCGAAAGCAGCCAACUUAUUCGACUUCGCACUUGAUAUUCGACAAUCUUUACCACAAAUCCGUGAAAUGCUCGUUACUUUGGGAAAGCUCGAAGAAGUAAUCGAGGAUACUUUAAAAUGUGAUCACUGGCAACUUUCUAAACAAUCAAUGGCAAAUCUCUCUUAG